GGGCGGUCGACGCGACCAUCGCGUACCUCCACCGGUGCCCCGCUGCGCCGGAGUGCCCCAGCUGCUCCUUGACCUGUCCUGCCUGUCCUUCUUUCACGUGCCCUCCGCCGGCCACAGUCAGCUGCCCAGCGUGCCCCGCGCUGGUCUGCCCCGCGGUGGCGGCCGAGGCGCCGCGCGCCGCUCGUGAGGGGCGCGCGGAGGCGCCGCGCUCCUGCCCUGCCUGCGCUGCUUGCGAGCAGCCGGCGGAGCCUGAGCCGUGCGACGCCUGGCGGGCCUUCUUGCGAGGGCUGCUGGGCGGCGCCGUCGGCGGCGGGCUGCUGACGCUGCUGUUCGUGAAGGUCGUGGGCCAUGGUUGGAACGACGUCCCCAACGGCGUGAAUCCUGCGCGGGUGUACCGCUUUCGGCAGGAGCCGACAGCGGCCGAGAAGCACGUCUUCCUUCGUGAUGCUGAGCUACUGGCCGAUCAUCGCUGCCGCAUCGUGGCCGCCACGAUUGGUCGCCCCGACCUGCUCACGGCGCCAGGCUUCCGCGCGCUGGUGCCAGGCGGGCCAGGCGGCGCGCCCGCCGCUGCGGGAGGCGCGGCGGCUGGGCCUGCGGCGGCUGCUGGGCCUCGCCCGGGGGUGCUGCAGGGCGUGGCGCCUCAGGCGGCUGCGGCGGACGCUGGCACGCGCUGGCGGGCGGCUCAGUCUCUCGGGGACGCGCGGUACGGGGACGAGGUGCCAGGACACGUGGCGACGGCAGCUGCGGUGCGCGGGCGCGACCUCCACAUCCUCGCCGACGGGACCGCCCUGUUCGUCGAGGAGGUGCCGGCGGCGGAGUUGGAGGUCUUCAUGGGGCGCGCUGUGGCAGCAGACGCUCGCGUGAUGCCCGUGAUGCGUACGGGAGCCCGCCGCGAGGUGACGUGGGCGGUCAUGGCUGCGCGCGUUCGUGAGGAGGACUUCGGGCGCGACUGGCUGGUGACGGGCCCGCGGACGACGUUCUGGUGCAUCGAGUUCAUCAACAAUGAGGGGAUGGGCAUCGACGGCCAUCACGAUAGGUUUCGGGCGGUGGCGAAGCUCGAGCCGACGCAGUGGGGCGUGCAGGAGCACUUCCAGUGCACGCAGUACAUCCGCCUGCUGUUGCUCUCAGACCAGUGCGACGGCACGAACUUGCAGGCUUGCGAGGCCGUCUUCCGCCGCAUGCAGACUAUCGAGUAUUCGUACCUGGAGAAGGUGAGGGAGCGUGAAGGGGCCAAUCAGAGCGGGAAGUUGUCGAUCGAGGAGCAGACGCACUUCGCGGGCUCGACUCGGCUUGGAGCGCCUGGCUUCUACGGCUCCGACGAGGACGUGAAGCUGGGGAACUACAAUCCCGAUCUGCUCUCGCUGCCGUCCGCGGGGAGCCAUGCGGUUCCGCUCGCGGACUUGCGGGGUGCAGGCGGGCGCAGGCGCGUCGCGGAGUUCGUCCGCGAUAGUGCGCUACCUGCGGGACCGGCGCUGGAGAGCGGCCUGCUAGAUUUUGCCUGCGACCGCUGCAGAGAGUCCGUGGAGUUCUUCUGCGUUCCGAAAAAGUAUGUCGACAACUUCGUGGCCAUUUCGACUGUCGCCUCCAAGGUGCAUCGCCUCGCGUCCGCCGUCGUGGAGGGGUUCAGGGAGGCGGGGUUGGUCGUGACCGCCGAUGUCGACUCGCCCGGAGAGGUCCUCGAGAGGCUUGUGGGGCACAUGGGGUUCAUCAGCCUGGUCCGACGGGAAAGCCUCUCGGUCUUCGACACGCUGUUCGCGUUCAUCCGCCCCGUCUACUACGAGGAGGCCCCGCUGUGGCCCAGUGUCAUCAACGAGCUCACGAUCUGGGAGGGGAUCGCGCCGCUGCUGUGGCGCAACCUGAAGGCCUCGUGGGGGCCGUCGCUGUGCGCCGUCGACGCGUCCCCGACCGGUCUGGGAGUCUCUGGGAUGUUGAUGGGGGGGCCGCCGCCUGCUGGCAGUGCCGCCGCCGUUCUGGGUUCCGGGCUCGGCGAUUCUCGUGACACCGUGUUUCGUGAGGUGCCCCUGAAGCUCUUACGACGUGACUGGAAGAUUGUCGGGAGGUACAAGUGGAACGUUGAGGGGGCGAUGCCUAUCCUUGAGGGCCGGGCUAUCUUGUAUGCACUCCGACACGCCCUGAGGAAUGUUCAGAACUUCGGGCGGCGGAUCGCGGUCCUGGGGGACGCCCUCGUCGCUGCCUGCGCAGUCUCGAAGGGGCGGUCUGAUUCCAGGGCGAUGCUCAAGGUCACCCAGUCCGUUGCUGCUCUCUGUCUGGCCACUGGGUGCGCGUUGCACUGCUGGUGGCUCCCCUCGGAGUGGAACGUGGCUGACGGGCCCUCGAGAGGGCUUGCAGUUCCGUCAGUGCCGCAGCCGCUGUCCCUCUCGAAGCCUCACGAGCUGGAGUGGCUUCGCUCGGCUGGGCAGCCCGCGCCCGCCCCGCGGCCCCGCCCCGCGGCAGGAGGCGAUGCUGCUGCGAGCGUCGCCGUCGACCGGCUCUCAGCCGACUGGGUCGGCUUCGCGGCCCUCGGGGAGGAGCAGCCUGACGCGGGCGCCAGCCGCUUCGAGCCCGUCUUCAUCGGCGGCGUUUCCUUCGCGGGCCGCUCCCAGCAGCGCGCCAGCGGCUGUGCCCCGCCGGGCGCCCGCGUGAAGGAGGCGGCGAGGCGGCGGGCGGCCGCGACCGCGGCCGAGGGGCUGACCGUCUGCCAGACUCACUCGGUUCGCCCCGCUACGUUGCGGCUGUGCCAAGACGACUUUGCCUCGUUCAAGCGCUGGCUGAAUCGCCAGGGCCGCCCGAUGCCCGAGGGCGAGCUGGACACCGACCAGACCCUCUCCCAGUACCUGGACGAGAUGUACCUCGACGACGCGCACGUCAGCUUGGGGCAGCGGAUGCUCGCCGCUGCGCUGUUCCACCAGUCGGCCCUGAGCAAGGCGGGCGGCGCGCGGAUGGCGCGCAGCCGCCGCGCGCUCAAGGGCUGGCAGCGGCUGGCGCCUGCAGGCUCCAGGCUCGGGGUGCCGUACGAGGUGAUGUGCAUGAUCGUGAUGUGGAUGUGGCUGCGCGGCCUGUGGGAGGAGGGGCUCGUGACCUGGUGGCUGACGUUCGAGAUGUACUAUCGCCCGAACGAGCCGUUCACCCUCCGCGCGCGGGACCUCGUGCCCCCGGUGGCGGGCUCGCGGGCCGGCGGCAGCUGGUCGCUGACGCUGCAUGCCCGCGAGCACGGGGUGGCGUCAAAGACCCAGGAGUUCGACCAGGCGCAGCUCCUGGACCUGCACCGGCAGGCGGCUCUCGGCCCGGCGCUCGGCGCCAUGCUGGAGGCGCGGUUCGGACCGCAGUGGCGCCAGGCGGUGCUGAAGCGGCCUGCGGGGGCUGCUGCCGCCCCGCCCCU